GGUGCCGUGUUUUUGUUUCUUAAGCUAGUAUUUUCCGGUCUUAGUCUCCGCCUCUCAGGUUCUGGUGGUCCUAGACUUUUUUUUUUCCUUCAGGUUUCUGUUUGUUUACUCCGUUGUCAUGGCAUCGGAAGUGACGCAGGCGCACGUGGCGGCGAAGCGGAGCCAGCCUUCCCUCUGAUAGACUGGCGAUGCUGUCAGAGCAGCUUCGCCCCGCCCAGGUCUGGCGAACGGCCCCGCGGCGUGCUGGGGGUCGCGGUUUCCGGCGCUGCAGGCCGCGCACGCGUACUGCAGUGGGCCGCCAUCACCUCUCCGUGUUCGAGACUGCGGGAGCCCGUGGGGCAUCGCUGCGCAGCAGGUCCUGGUAUUGCUGACCUCUCCUGGGUACCUCGUUAUCCUUGCUGUCUCCGCUGAGUUCUUGGCUAGACACAGUUGCAUUUCUGUGGAGGCCUGCGAAGAUGCUGCCUUUGGAGAGGGCACUGGCCUCCCCCAGAAGCUCCCUACCCCACCGAGAACCACCUACUUUGCAGUCAGAAGAUAGAUCCCAACAGGAAGAGCCCAGCCAGCAGGAAGAACCCAACGAGAGGGAAGUACUCAUUAAACAACAAGAACCAAGCCAGCAGGAGGAACCCAGGAGGCGGGAUGAACCCAUCCAGGAAGAAGAACCCAUUCAGCUGCUAGAACCUAGUCAGAGGGAUGAGCCCAACCAGGGAGAGGGAUCCAGUCUGCAGGAUAGUCCUCCCAACCAGAGGGAAGAACUCAGUGAGCAGCAAGAACCCAGUCAGCGGGAUGAGCCUAGUCAGGAGGAAGAACCUGGCCAGAAGGAUGUACCCAUGCAGCAGGAAGAACCUAUGCAGCAGGAUGAGCCUCACCAGUGGGAAGAACCCAUGCAGCAAGAUGAACCCAUGCAGCAAGAUGAACCCAUGCAGCAGGAGGAGCCCAUGCAGCAGGAAGAACCCAUUCAGCAGAACAAACCCAUCCAACAGGAAGAACUCAUCCACCAGGAGCCACCCAUCUACCAGGAUGCUUCCAUCCAACAAGAACUUAUCCAGCAGGAGGAGCCCAUUCAGCAGGAACUGAUUCAGCAGGAGUCUAUUCAGCAAGAUAAGUCCAUCCAAAAGGACGAAUUCAUUCAGCAGGAGGAGCCCAUUCAGCAUGAUGCUUCCAUCCAACAGGAACUCAUCCAGCAAGAGGAGCCCAUUCAGCAGGAACUGAUCCAGCAAGAGUCUAUUCAGCAGGCUAAGUCCAUCCAAAUGGAAGAAUUCAUUCAGCAAGAGAAGCCCAUCCAGCAGGUAGGGCCCAGCAAACAGGAGGAACCCAACCAGCAGGAGGAAUCCAGCCAACAGGAGGAACCCAGCCAACAGGAAGAACCCAGCCAACAGGAAGAACCCAGCCAACAGGAAGAACCUAGUCAGCAGGAAGAACUCAGCCAACAGGAAGAACCCAGCCAACAGGAAGAACCUAGCCAACAGGAAGAACCUAGUCAGCAGGAAGAACUCAGCCAACAGGAAGAACCCAGCCAACAGGAAGAACCCAGCCAACAGGAAGAACCUAGUCAGCAGGAAGAACUCAGCCAACAGGAAGAACCCAGCCAACAGGAAGAACCCAGCCAACAGGAAGAACCUAGUCAGCAGGAAGAACUCAGCCAACAGGAAGAGCCUAGCCAACAGGAUCAACCCAACCAACAGGAAGAAUCCAGCCAACAGAAGGAAACAGAAACCAUCACUGAGAGAUCUGCUGCUGACCUUGAGUUUUCCCGCUUGCGCUUUCGGGAGUUUGUCUACCAGGAGGCAGCUGGGCCUCACCAGACUCUGGCCAGACUUCAUGAGCUAUGCCGCCAGUGGCUGCGGCCCGAGGCCUGCUCCAAAGAGCAGAUCCUGGAACUGCUGGUUCUGGAGCAGUUCCUGGGCAUCUUGCCAGACAGGGUUCGUCCCUGGGUGGUAGCCCAGUAUCCUGAGAACUGCAAGAAGGCUGCCUCCCUGGUGGAGGGUCUCUCUGACAUCCUGGAGGAGCCAGGAAUGAUGUUGUGUUCCCCGGGUGGGUCAUCAUCUUCAUUCAGCGAGGGAGACUAUGAGAGGUGUCGUGAGCCCUUGCUGCUACCUCGUGGGUUGUUGAGUCCCAGCAGAAACCUAAGACCUAGGGACAUCCUUGUACGCCGUGAUACUUCUCCCCUUCUUCCAGCCUGGCCUACUCUGGAAUCUGUGCACCCGGAUGAAGAGCAUACAGAAGGAGAAAAGAAUGAAGAGGCCAACCCUGCCACAGCUGAGACAAAGGAGCCUCUACAGUCAGAAUGGGACCACCUGGACCCCAGAGAGGAUAACCUGACCAGUUACAGCAAGCUUCUCCUGUGGGGGUGUCAGUUUUUCCAGGCUGGUCCAUCCUCCACGCUGGAGACGGAGGAACCAGAGGAACCUUGUGCGGUGGAAGAACUGCCAGGAGGCAGCCUCCCAGAUAGCAUCGGGCAGCAGGAAAGCAAAGGAAAUGUGUGCGAGGAAGUCUCCAUGGGGAAGACAGUGAUGGAGAGGCUUUUGAGGGAUGUUCCUGUUAGCCCUGCAAUAGAUACUGCCCAGGAGGAGGAACAGCAACCUCAGAAGGCUCUGGAUGCUGAGGAUGAGGAUCCUGCCAGUUCCCAGAGGCAGUCAGUCAUCCAGCAGUCAGCCCAGGACAAGGAUACCCCACAUCAAGGCACUGGGACAAAGAGGCGUCAUCCAGAUGACGAGGAUGAAGAGGACCCUGAGUGUCCUUCCAGCUCCAGCAGCUACAAAGUGCCGUCUGAUGCCGGGAAGGUGCUUCAUGUGUAUGGCCAUGAUUCUGGGCAGGACCCAGGAACUUCUGCUGCAGGAUGUCCUGCAACUGAUGAGUUUGAUGCAUCCCAAGGGAAGCCCUACACAUGUAGUGAAUGUGGAGAGGCCUUUGCAUGGAUCUCGAACCUCCUGGAGCAUCACAAGAGCCACAACACUGAGACAUGCUAGCAGCCCAAAGAGACCAUAAAGAUGGCGGUGCAAAGAGUAAGAGGGCUCCUGAGAACACAAAGGAUGACCCAGGUCUACCCUGAGAUUUGA